GGCCCCUAGCGGCGGCCAGAAGCGGUGUGGGCUGCGGCCGCCAUGGCUCCCACCAUCCAGACGCAGGCGCAGCGCGAGGAGCCUGGGCACAGGCCCAGCUCCCACCGGACGCUGCCCGAGCGGUCAGGGGUCGUGUGCCGAGUCAAGUACUGCAACAGCCUCCCUGACAUCCCCUUCGACCCCAAGUUCAUCACCUACCCCUUCGACCAGAGCCGGUUCGUGCAGUACAAGGCCACAUCGCUGGAGAAGCAGCACAAGCACGAUCUGCUCACGGAGCCCGACCUGGGCGUCACCAUCGACCUCAUCAACCCCGACACGUACCGGGUGGAGCCCAGCGUGCUUCUGGACCCCGCGGAUGAGAAACUGCUGGAGGAGGAGAUCCAGGCACCCACCAGCUCCAAGAGAUCUCAGCAGCACGCCAAGGUGGUGCCAUGGAUGCGCAAGACCGAGUACAUCUCCACCGAGUUCAACCGCUAUGGGGUGUCCAAUGAGAAACCCGAGGUCAAGAUCGGGGUCUCGGUGAAGCAGCAGUUUACAGAGGAGGAGAUCUACAAGGACCGCGACAGCCAAAUCGCAGCCAUCGAGAAGACCUUCGAGGAUGCCCAGAAGGGGAUCACGCAGCAUUACAGCAAACCCCGCGUGACCCCUGUGGAGGUGAUGCCCGUGUUCCCCGACUUCAAGAUGUGGAUCAACCCCUGCGCCCAAGUGAUCUUCGACUCGGACCCCGCACCCAAGGACACGAGCGGUGCGGCCGCGCUGGAGAUGAUGUCCCAGGCCAUGAUCCGGGGGAUGAUGGACGAGGAGGGGAACCAGUUUGUGGCCUAUUUCCUGCCCGUGGAGGAGACGCUGCGCAAGAGGAAGCGGGACCUGGAGGAGGAGAUGGACUAUGCCCCCGAGGAUGUCUAUGACUACAAGAUCGCUCGGGAAUACAACUGGAACGUGAAGAACAAAGCGAGCAAGGGCUACGAGGAGAAUUACUUCUUCAUCUUCCGCGAGGGCGAUGGGGUCUACUACAAUGAGCUGGAGACCAGGGUGAGGCUGAGCAAGCGGCGGGCUCGCGCCGGGGUGCAGUCGGGCACCAACGCGGUGCUGGUGGUGAAGCACCGGGAUAUGAAUGAGAAGGAGCUGGAGGCGCAGGAAGCGCGCCGGGCGCAGCUGGAGAACCACGAGCCCGAGGAGGAGGAAGAGGAGGAGAUGGAGGCGGAGAAGGAGGCGGCGGGGUCAGAGGAGGAGCGUGAGAAGGGCAGCGAGAGUGGGGAGGAGGAGGAGGCCGAAGGCUCCCGCGGGGGGAGCAGCAGCGAGCGGGAGGAGGAGGAAGAGGAAGAGGAGGAGGAAGAGGAGGAAGAGGAAGGGCGGGGGGGGGCCCGGAGAGCGAGGGGGGGGGCAGGCAGCGACGCCGCCCGCGCCGCCCGGGACCAGGAGGAGAUCUUCGGGAGCGACAACGACGAGGAUGAGGAGGAGGAGGAGGAGGAGGAGGAGGAGGAGGAAGACGACAGCGAUGAAGCCGAGGGGGGGGGGCCCCCGCGCAGCCCCCACCUCACCCCCAGCGAGGCCUCGGAGGAGGACGAGAGCCACAGCGACUCCUCCAGCAGCGACUGA